CCGCCCCUCCCCUACAAAAAUAAUAAUGUUGUCUAUCUUUCGACAAUACACAUUCGAUGAUUCAUUCAAACAAAGCUUCAUAUCAAACAAAUUCCUAAAAGAAUACCAAAUUGCCCUCACAUUUGCCACAGAUUACGACGAAAACCACAUACCAACAAAUGGAAUUUUCACACCCAAUUGGGACAUAACAAAAGUUACACCUGAAACAAUAUCUGAUCUAAAAAACAAAAACCCUGGAGUCAACAUUAAAGUCUACAUUAGUAUUGGUAACAGUGGUACAAGUUUUCCAUUUUGUCCUCAAAACAACGAAACAUGGAUUCUCAACGCAACAGAAUCACUCACAGACAUCAUUAAAAACUACGAAGAUUGCAAUAUCCAAAUCGACGGGAUUGAUGUUUUGUACGAAUGUAUCGAAGCUUCACCCGUUGACUUUGUUGAAUGCAUCGGUCAACUUAUAAAAAAUUUAAAGGAAAACAGUGUUAUAAAAGAAGCUUCUAUUUCUCCUUCUUUUGCUCUCAACAAAGAAUAUUAUUUCUUACUAUAUAAAUCUUAUUCUUCUCUCAUUGAUUGGGUGGAUUAUCAGUUUCAAAAUGAGGUUGUUCCUGUCUUUGAACCCAAUAAAUUGAUGGAGGUUUAUGAUAAUUUGGUAAUGGAGUUUUAUCCUAGGAAGAAACUAUUUGCUGGAUAUAGUGCUGAGAAUGAGGAUUGGGCUACAUUGUCACCAAUUGUGUUUUUUCUUGGAGGAAUGAAUAUUCUCAAGAAGAGAAAAUGUCCUGGGAUUUCAAUUCAUUAUCAUAAUUACUAUCAACUAAACUCAAAUAAUGAGUGAUUCAUAUGAUAUGUUUAUGUAUGUAUACUUUAAUUAUAUUAUGUUGCAAUGUGUGCUUGAUGCUAAGGCAAUAUGUAAUAUGAAAUAAGACCCAUGGAUGGUGAUAAAAUAUUCUAGCUAACUUUUAAUGUAUGAGAUGCAUGUAAAAAUCAUAUAUAUGUUUCAAUAAUAAUUUGGAUGAUUAAUUAAUUGAUAUGCAUAU